AUGCAUGACUUGAGACAUGCCGAACAUCUCACACCGUGGAUAGAUACCGAAAGACAACGUGUUUCAUCUCUCUUGAGAAAACACCCAUACAACAAUAAUAAUAAAAAUAAUAAUAUCAAUGCAGAGAAUAAAAGUUCAUCAUUUAUGAAAUCAAUUUCACUAACAGGAAUAGAAGGAGAAACAACAGGAGGCACAAGAUUAACUACACCAGCACCACCAACAACAACAACAACAUCUUCUGUUAAUUCAUCUUCUUCUUGUUGUUCCUCUUCUUCUAUUCAUGUUGGUGUUGGGGAAUCUAACAGCAGUAUGGACCACUCUGUGGGUUCUCUCUCAUUACAUAGAUGUUUAGAUCUACUCGUGCGAGUGCAGAAGAAUCAAGCGGAAAGUGUAUUAUUAAUCACUACUCUUCGUCAACGUCUAUUCCCAACAUCCAACGUAAAUUCUUCCCAUCAUGAUAAUGAUAAUGAUAAUAAUAAUGAACGAAAACCUCAUGUGGUUACUUUAGAUGAAAUAGAUCGUGAAGUUGUGCGUUUACGAAUUAUUGAGAUGAAACACGCUGGGUUACACUCCAAACUCAUAGAAUCUAUUCAAUACGUAAUGUCACCAUUUAAAUCCUUUAUACAAUAUGAAAUACGUAGAGAAGAAGCGGAAGUAGUUGUAAAAGGAGAUGGAAUGCAUAAUAAUAAUCAUCAUAGUGAUAAUAAUAAUAACAGUAUAUUAUUAAGAGACUUGUGUAAUCGUGUGGAAUGUCUACGUGAACAGUUUAUAGGACUCACACAAUUGCAGGAAGAGGCAAUGGAAUCAUUAGGGGCACAACUCUCUGAACUUUUUAUCCUACCAAGAGGUAUGAAAACAUUGUAUUAUUAUCCUAACAAUAGAUUAGAUGAACAGAGUAAUAAUCAUAAUAAUCAUAAUAAUAAUAAUGAUAAUAAUGCUGUUGAGAGACAUAUACCCCGGGGUGAUCAUCGGCAUACUACUGUUUUACACUUUCUACAAGAGUUAGAGGAUGUUGUGGCGAGUAAACAACAUAUUGUUGUUUGUUUAGCGAUGGCAUUAAGAGAAAUGUACAAUAUUGCCUCUUCUUCUUUUUCUAAUGUUGCCGCUGUUUCUUCUUCUUCUUCGGUUACUAUGAGUGGUAUUCCUCCUAAUACUCCUAAUAAAAAUACUGCGGUUGUAGAUGAGAUGAUAAGUAAAAGAAGUUAUUCCCUUCGAGAUGAGAGAACUGAGAGAAGUGUUGAUGAUUGUGUUUCUGUUUCUGUUUCUCCUGUGAGUACACUGCGACCAUCCUGCUCCGCCCCACGUGAGGGAUCACUACUUGGAAGAUCUGCAGAACGUCAACAAACCGCAUUUACACAACAACUCUCAACAGGCGAAGUGCGGGAGUGUGUGGAUGCGGAUGGGCGUUUGAAUGAUGUUCACACAACUGAAUCUAUUUUCACUGAUUUAUCCCCAUUGCCGAAUGUGCGAGAUGUGCAUAGACCAAUAAGGAAUACUCAACAUGCAGUUAGUGUUAGUAAUAGUAAUAGUAAUAGUGAUAAUAAUAAUAAUAAUAAUAAUAAUAAUAAUAAUAGUGGGAGUAGGGAAAGAUCAGGUGAGAGAUAUAAGGAAUAUGAACUACACCAAGAAGAACUGAUAAAAGAAGAAAAAGAAGAACGAAAUUUAUUUCCUGAAAAGUUGCCAUCGGAGGAAAGUGGAAUUUCUCCCAAAAGUGGAGUUCCACGAUCGCCAUCGUAUUCCCUGCCUGUUACCAGAGAUGUGAGUCCCACUGGCGAGGGAGAUGAUAUCACACCGCCACCACUGGCGAGAUGCCUGGAAACGACAAGCACUAAAAACUUUGCAAGUGGGAUUGAGAAACACAAUAAAGAAGAAGAAAAUGAAGAAAGUGAAGAAGAAGAAAGAAAUGUGAAAAAGAAUAAAGACAGGAGAAGUAAUACUGGAAAUAUUCCCAAAACUAUUACAACAUCUCCACCAUCACCAGUGACAUCUCAACAACAAGAAGAAGAAGAAGUAAAGAAGGAAAUAAAAGAGGGAAUAAAUAGUAUGGAUACUAUGAACGAGAAUACUCGACUACGCCGUAUGUUGGAUGCAAAGGAUAAUUUAAUACUAAACAUGCAAGAACGCAUGUUGGCUGCAGUACCUUUAUUUGUAGAUCGUGUAGAAAGUAGAAGUAGUUCCUCUUCUCGCGGUGACUAUGCUGAAGAGAGAUCAUCCACAUCCACAUCAUUGCAGAAUCCAUUACGGGAGUUGGAGGUUCUGAAAGAGUCAUUAGAGGCACAAGUGAGAGAAAACAGUUAUCUGCGGAGUACAUUGGAUGUAUUGAAGGAAGAGAAACAACGAUGGAAACAAACAGCACAGGAGUUAAAGAAUGAUAAUACUCUAUGGAGAGAUAAGGAACGUUUAUCACGUCUACGUUGUACACAACUUGAAGAAGAUGUUAUUAUUUUAAAGAAACGACUCUUAACAUUGGAAGGAGUGUUAAAACUACAAGACACAACAGGAAUAACAGGAAUAACGAGAACAGGAUCUACCUCUUCCUCCAAUUCCUCCUCAAGAACAGCAGCAACAACAACAACAUCUGCAUAUUCUACUUCUGGAGUUCAUGCAUCUCUUCACGAUGUACCAUUCCCACAAACAUCUUCAAAUAAUAAUAAUAAUAAUAAUAAUAAUAAUAAUAAUAAUAAUAAUAAUAAUAAUAAUAAUAACGAUAGUAAGAACAAGAUGUAUGUUGAUAUCCACCAUAAUAACACUCAUGAUGAAAUAUCAUCUCAAGAGCGUAGUCGCAGUCAAACACAACCCCCAUCACUUCCAGAGGAAAUGCCUAUUUCACAAACAUCCAUAUCUCUACAACAAAAACGAAAUCAAAUCUUCGCUAAACUCGCACGACGGGUGGAUGACAGAGUACAAUCAACAGCACACACACAUUCUUCUUCUUGUGAUAAUAAUAAUAAUAAUAAUAAUAAUAAUAAUAAUAAUAAUAAUGAUGAACCUGAAGUAGUGAUUGUUUCCCCUUUAACAGAAGAACGUGUGGUAGGGCAGUCUGGGAGUACAUCUGCUGCAGGAAUAAAAACACCACCACCAAAACUAUCGCCAAACUCUAUUUCUCGAAUUGAUAGACGUCUCUCUCCAGAAUAUAUCUCGCCACCACCGAGAAUCACCUCUUCUGUGAAUAAUGUUAACAGUGAAAACAAGAGUGAAUGUAGAGAAACUACACGAUUAUCAACAAGUGAUGUAAAUCGUAUCCUUGCAAGUGCGAGAAGUCUUUUAAAAAGUGUACAUUCAACACGAAAACAUUAUAGUGGUAAACCAUCUACAUUAGAAGGAGUCCCUGUAGACUCUACAUGGUCCGAUGGCCAUACUUCCAGUGAUGAUAGUUAUCAGGCAACUUUUCCUAUAAAAACAACAGAAACCGUAAUACCCGAAAAGACGGCCACACCUUUAGAAAGGAUGAGACGAUCUAUUUCACCACCAAAUGGAGGCGUUUCUCCUUGUUCCUCUGUUAGUUAUUCAUCCGCGAAGAAACGGACUCAACGUUCACGUCCUCUUGAGAGAAAUACACCUGCUACUGCUGUUACUACUGCUGUUCAUAUUGUUACUCCAGAGAAAGUAGCACAAAGGAAAGAAGGACUCUCAACAAAAACUAAAACAACAACAAAAACAACAUCAUCAACUCUAGUCUCUACACCACAAUCGAAUGGGAAAGGUAUGAAAGUGUCGGUGUCAUCAUCGUUAUCAUCAUCACCUCAAACACGACAAUUAACCGCACGUGAGGCACUUAUGCUUGAACUUCGAGAACAAUUACGUCUACUUCAAACUCAACAUGCAAGUGUUCUUUCUCAAGCAGAACAACUAGAGAAAAAACGAGAACAAGUUAUUGCAGCAAUUCAACGUCAGAGUAAAAAUACUAGUAAUGUUAGUCUCUGUAACACCAGCUACAACAGCAACAGGAGUAGUAGUAGUAGUGAUGGUGAGAGCAUAAGAAGUAGUGGUAUUGAAGAGUUUAGUAGAAGUAGUACAGAUGUACGUCAUCAUCUCAUUCCCUUGCUUAAGAAAUUCGAUAUAACACAAAAGAAGGUAUUAAAAAAUGAGGCACAACUCCGCGAGUACGUGGAUAUUGUGAGAAAACAGUUGAAAACGUUAGAAGAUGAUCUCUUGUAA